ACCGGGCCGGGCCCCGCCGCACCGGGCGGAAGCGCUCCCGGCGUCACAACGUCACUUCCGCCGGGCGGCGGCGGGGGAUGGAGACGGAAGUGACGGCGGCGGCGGCGGCGCGGGGUGGAGAGGGAGAAGGGUGUCUGAAUACUAAUGAAUAAGCUGUGAUGGAUAACAAGGACUCAGAAGCUGAGAUCCACCCUCUGAAGACUGAAGAAGUAAAAGCUCAGGAGAACCAUGAAAACUUUGUGGAGAGGAGGAUUAUCAAGUCCUCAGGGCUGUCCCGGCUGUCCCGGUGGCGCACUGCUGCCUUCUUCAUCUCCCUCUUCCUCUGCCUGAUCAUUGUGUUUGCUUUCUCCUUUAUCAUUCCUUGCCCAGAGAGGCCAGUUUCAGAAAGAACAUGGUUCCAAUACUACAACAACGCAGUGCCCUACCAGUUCCUUGUCAUAGAAGAUGUGAAUGAAGACAAAGUACAAGAUGUGCUCUUCGCUUUCAAAUCCAGCAAUGGCAGCAGCAGCUCCAACGUGUCCUGUCUGGAUGAAGGGCUGCCGUCCCCCUGUGCCUUUGUUGCCGCCGUGUCCGGCACCAACGGCAGCGUGCUGUGGGAGAGCCCUGCUGCAGAGGAGCUGCAGUGGCUGCAGUGUGGCAUGCAGCGCCUGGGCACGGCUGGGGCCCCGGGCUGCCUCGUGGUGGAGAAGCCUCUGGCCCUGACAGCCAUCAGCCUGUGGACAGGGGAAGUUCUGUGGAGACAAUCCAGGGACUUUGGAGCUAAUUAUACUGUGCUGACUCCUUUGUCAGUGAUUCCAGAUGUGGAUAAUGAUGGAGUUCAGGACCUGAUAAUCUUUAUUACUAAAGAAGGCCAGGUUAAGACCUUUAUCCACUCAGGAAAAACUGGCGGGCAGAUUGGCCGCGGCAGCAGCCUGAGCGUGGAUGGCAGCGCUCGCUACAUCAGCCUCAACCUGCGCUCCUCCUCCUACUUCCUUUUCUACACAGAGAACUCUCUCUAUGCAUAUUCCCUGGAAGAUCUGUGCAGUGCAGUGAUGGGGAUGGAAGUUAAAUUUCCCAACUUGCAGCCGAAUUCUCUUUGGGAGAAGCACAUUGACCCUGCCACACACCGCUCAUCCCUUCUCAGAUUUCAAGACAUUCGCUACCUGGCAAAAGUUCCUGGGCAGUCACAGGACAACAUCUUGGUUGUGAGCUCAGAGAUGGCUACACUGAUCAACACUAAAGAUCUCCUCACUGUGUGGACCCUCAACGUGUCCCGUGCUUUGAGUGAGCCACUGCUUGGUUACUACAAACCUGAUGUCCGUGGUAUUGUCCUGGAGAGUGAAAUUGGACCCAACAGGAAGAAGGUUAUGAUUGUUGAGAGUGGAUCUGGAGCAGUGCAGUGGGAGCUGAAGCUGAACUCACGAGCGGGGAGCCCUGGCCCAGCCACGCUUCCCACUGCGGAUCACCGCUCUGCCUUCCUCAUGUGGGGAGACUACCAGGAGCCAGGCAACGAGACAAGACACGGAUCCCCUCUUCAGAAGCUGUACCUCUUCCAUCCUUCCUACACUAAUGUCCUUCUGGAGCUCCGCAACAGCACAGACCAAGUGAUUGCGUUCACUGCGGCGCUGUUCGAGCGGAGCCGCCACGCCUGCUACGUGCUGCUGCAGGGCCCCCAGCCCAGCCAGGGCCCCGGGCCCGUGUCCCUGAUGAAGAGGAAGCUGAAGGAGGAUGUCCUGGAGAGCAGGGUGGUCUGGCUGCGCCGCGCGGCCGGGGACAGCGAGCAGCGCGUCCAGGAGCGCCUCUACAGGAUGCGAUUCCAGAGCCGGGACUGAGCGAGCCUGCCCUGCAGCCGUGCUCUCAACAAGCCCAGAGCCUGGAGCCCAGUGGGAAGCUGCCUUUCUUCAUCCAAAAACCAAAGCCUGGCUGGCAGGGAGGCACCUCCAGUGAGCAGGGACACCCAGGCUGUGGGGGCAGCUGCCAGAGUGUCCAUCCUCAGAGCUGAUGGGACUUCAGUGCUUGGCCACCACUGAAGUGUCACCAGCUCAGGCAGGAGGGCUUUCCCCUCCAUCCCUCUGUGACUGCAGAACUGUGCUGACUCAGGAGUGUGUCUGGAGGAAAAUGUGCUUGCUGAGAUGCCAGAGCUGAUGAUUUCUGGGAUGUCUGAGAAGUGGAGUUGGAUGUCUGAGAAGUGGAGUUUGCUGUGGGGUGUUGGAUUUCCUUUCUGAGUCAGCUCUCCUGGCUGGGGAGAGGUGCUUGACUGCAGGUUGAUUUGCAAUUACCCUCUCCUGCAUUUGAGCCCUGCUUCAGCAGUGGUGGGGGGUGUGUGGUGACCCCAGCCAUGGCUGUGGUGUGUCUGGUGUCACUCGGGCCAGCAAAGCACAGGUUAGUGUCGUUCUGCUUAGCAGAUGGCCUUUUCUCCCAACAACAGCCCCACGUGUCCCACUCUGCAGGCACAGCCUGCCUGUGUCUGUCCUCUGCUGCUUCCUUCCCAGCCAGGCUGUGCAGUGUGGGUGACACCCAGAGGGAGCUGGUCUCCCACUGAAGGAUGCAUCAAUGUUCCCCCCUUCCCUCAGUCUGCUUAUAGGUGGUGAGAGAUCCACCCUGAGCCCAGGCUGGCUGGUCCCUGGAGGUAUCACCACCUCUCCGGGUGUAAGAAACCAGAGGAUCUGCCCUGAGCAGAAUUGCACUUUAACCUUUUCUGGGAGCAGGGCUUGCUGCUCUGGGAAGCCCUCUCUACCCACGUGGCAGUGCCAGCACCCUGCUCAUUCAGCCUUGCAGCUGCUGAGGAGCAUUCUCCAAGCACUGUCCCCGCUGCCAGGAGGUGGGCAGGAGCUCCGUGCUGCCUCCCUGCCCUUGGCAUCGAGGUGAUGCUGGGUGAGGAUCCUCGAGCACUCUCUCUCUUCCCAGCCUGGUGUCCUGAGGGGAUGGAGCAGGUUGCUGUGUGAAGAUGACAUGUUUCUCCUGGGGAUUUGUGUAGCACUGUGGAGUGUUUGCUCUGCCGUGUCCUAGGGGUGCCAGUGCUGACUGUAGAAACGAGGUACAGACCCUUGAACCAGCUGCUCAGUCCUGAAAUUAAAAAUAGGCCUAAAAAUAACCUCUCUCAAGCUCUGCAGUGCUGGAGGGGGUUUGGCCAGUGCCUCCCUCCCUUGCCGAGUCUGACAUUGGAGGAUAUUAGAAACACUGUAGGAUGGGAAUGUGCAGCAUUAGGCAUCAGCUCUUCCCUUCAGCCACUUGCUGAGCCCAAAUGUGCCACUGGGCAGCUGCUGUCACCAGCUCAUACCACAGCCCCAGCCCUCCCAGGCUAACAGCACAGGGAGCUGGGCUGCCUGGACGCCUCCUGCUUCCAGCUGACCAGUGGCUACCUAAGGGUGCCCAAUUUCCCUCUGCCCCAUGGCCCUUACCCCGGGCAGGCAGGGGAGCCAGUCCCGGGGUGUCCCAGCUGUGCAGGAAGCCAGGGAAGCUCUCUGCAGGCUGCUCCACGACCUUUAAAGAACCCUGGGCUCACAGGGGUGGGGUUACCCCUCUGCCUGUCUUUCCCAGCUGUUUUCUGAGGGAGUCUAGGAGUGCAGGGAGGCUCCCCAGCUGUGUUGCACAACUUGGGUUUCCUCUUUGCUCAGCACCUUAGGCCUGACAGCCCCCCAGGCCCAUGUGCCAGUGUUGCAGCCAUAAGAGGCUGGAUUGAGGCUGCCCUUGAGCCAGCUGGGGCAGGGCACAGGGCAGGGCACCCCCAGGCCUGCACUGUAGUCCAGCCUGAGUGCUGGAUGUGACUUGUUUCCUGCUGAGAUUCCCCUGGCUGGGAGCAAGUGCCUGGGCUGUAUUCUCACCGCACUCUCCCUCCUCAUCCCUACCCAGACCUGACCUUCCCACAGGCACACUGAAUGUUCCUUGAGGAGAGCUGGAUUUUUCAGCUUUGGGGAGCUUUUCUGGCUUUAAGUUCUCCAGUAAUGUUUCUGGACUGUUUGAAAACGCAGAUUCUGCUGUGGCAGCUCAAUUAAAUGCAUCAGUGCCAAACCAGCACCUUCUUAACAAAACCAGUCUGUUUUUCAGCUUAUUUCCUGUGUAAUUGUUUUUUUGCAGUAUUUAAUGAAUGACUUUGUGCCUUGAUUCAAUAACUCAGCUGGGUGGCAAUGGCUAUAUCACUGUGUUAUGUGUUGGUGUGGUUUUUAACACUGAGACUGUUUGAUUUGGUUCUUUAACUUAUUGCAAAUUGUGCCGUACAAGACUUGCUCUAACCGGAAUGGUUUCAAUAAACCCUCUUUUGCAUUGUUUGUAAA